AUGGCCACUGUCUUCAUGCCUAGGGCAAAGCCCUCCUCAGGGAACACAACACUCCAUGAACAUUACAACUAUGUGGGGAAGUUGGAGGGCCGACUGAAGGAGACCACACAGGGUAGCACACUCACCAUGAUCAUGUUCUUGAUCAUCUGUAGCUUCAUUGUCUUGGAGAACCUGAUGGUUUUGAUUGCCAUCUGGAAAAACAACAAGUUUCACAACCGCAUGUACUUUUUCAUUGGCAACCUGGCUCUCUGUGACUUGCUGGCCGGUAUAGCAUAUAAGGUCAACAUUUUGAUGUCAGGCAAGAAAACUCUCAGCCUUUCUCCAACAGUCUGGUUUUUAAGAGAAGGAAGUAUGUUCGUGGCUCUUGGGGCCUCCACCUGCAGCUUGUUGGCUAUUGCUAUUGAAAGACACUUGACAAUGAUCAAAAUGAGGCCUUACGAUGCCAACAAGAAGCAUCGUGUCUUCCUCUUGAUCGGAAUGUGCUGGCUCAUUGCCUUCUCCCUGGGAUCCUUACCCAUUCUGGGCUGGAACUGCCUCCACAACCUCUCUGACUGCUCCACCAUCCUGCCUCUCUACUCUAAGAAGUACAUCACAUUUUGCAUCAGCAUCUUCAUGGCCAUUUUAGUAACCAUUGUGAUCCUCUAUGCACGCAUCUAUUUUCUAGUGAAGUCCAGUAGCCGCAAAGUGGCCAACCCCAACAACUCAGAGCGGUCCAUGGCCCUGCUGCGUACAGUGGUGAUUGUGGUGAGUGUGUUCAUAGCCUGCUGGUCCCCACUUUUCAUCCUCUUCCUCAUUGACGUGGCUUGCAGGGUGAAAGAAUGUGCCAUCCUGUUCAAGGCACAGUGGUUCAUUGUGCUGGCCGUGCUCAACUCUGCCAUGAAUCCCAUCAUCUACAUGCUGGCCAGCAAGGAGAUGCGGCGGGCCUUCUUCCAUCUGGUCUGCAACUGCCUGGUCAGGGGUCGAGGUGCCUGCUCCUCACCCAUCCAGCCUUCUAUGAAUCCAAGCCUCAGCAAAUCAAGUAGUAGCAACAACAGCAGCCACUCUCCAAAGAUCAAGGAAGACCUUCCCCAGACACACACCUCAUCCUGCAUCACUGACAAUAAUAAAACACUUACAAAUGGAAUCCUCUGCAAGUGA